AUGGAUGCAUUUGUUGUGAGAAAACGCACUACUCAAGACGUACCCGACACGCCGUCAAAACAGCAUAGGACUGGGGAACGCAGUGUCAGUACACUUGAAUCUGAUACAAAAUGCGGAGAGAAAGAUGGUCGGAAAGUGUCAUACGAGUCUCGGCGAGAACACAACCGUGUCCACGCUGAUGAGAACGAUGAAACGAAAAAAAUCGGAAAAAAUCAGUUGGAGCACCACCGUAUAUAUGGCAACGAAGAUGAUCCAGGCGAAGCAUCGUCUCCAUUAACGGAAACAAAAUUGCAUUGGAAAAAAAUUGAGGGCGAAAACUUGGACUGCGAUUAUGUACAGCUAUAUACGAGGGCGGAGGCAGAUGAACUGAUUCAGCGUUGUGAACGGCAACUGGAUUACAACACUGGCAAACAAGCCCAGGUUCACAUUUUCGGAAAAUGGCAUACUAUUUCAAGGAAACAGGUAGCUCAUGGUGACACUGGGUUGACGUACACUUUUUCAAACAAUCGUAUCCCAGCUAGACCAUGGACGCCGCUACUCACUGAAAUACGGGAUAAUAUUUCACGUCUCACAGGACAUGAAUUUAAUUUUGUUUUGAUAAAUAGGUACAAAGAUGGUAAUGAUCACAUUGGUGCACACAGAGAUGAUGAAGAUGACUUGGUAUCUAAGGCGCCUAUUGCAUCUCUCUCCUUGGGCCAACCAAGGGACUUUGUCUUUCGGCACGCUGACAGCCGAGGAAAAUCAGCAUCUCGUCAGAUAAGCCCAGUGACAGUUGAACUUCAACAUGGAAGUUUACUGUUGAUGAAUUAUCCCACCAACACUUAUUGGUACCAUUCUCUACCGAAAAGGAAGAGGGCGGCUUUCCUGCGGAUAAACAUGACAUUCAGACAGAUGGUGGUUAAGCAAAUAGUCUGA